UGACACAACACACCAGCCCCGCCGCAGAACUUCUACUCUCUUGAACCUGAUCUGCGAACGGCAUGAGGACUGUUCAAGAAAAGAUCGUCGUUCUUUCAAUGUUCCUGUCUCUGAUAUGUGCCAUCCAGGUGGAUUCAGCGCCUGUGCCUAAAGACUGGAAUGGUUUGAUACAGCGGACCAAGCGGUCGCUCCUGUGGCGCUGGAACAGCAUGAAGCCUGUGGGGGCCAGCUGCAGGGACCACUUAGAGUGUGGCACAAACUACUGCAGGAAACAUAUAUGUUCCUUCUGAAGAGGAUAAAACACCUUCAAUGUGACAAAACAAACAUCUGCCUAAUGGACCCAAGUGACCAGUCUCAAGAUGAAUCAUAAAUCACCUUAAUGUUGUAAUAAUCUGGUUUGAACUGAAGACCUGCUGAUGCUUCUCCUGACUGUGCAUUCAGUUAAAGUUCUCUGAUCUGGCACUGCAGAAAAACAAAGCUGUAAAUGCAGAAUUCACACAAACAAAUAAAAAUGGCUCCAUCUAGAGCAA